AUGUUGGCCACGCUGUUCCUUGCCGUCGCCGCCGCCAUAGCGACACCCGCAUUGGCAGGCAUCCAGCAAUCCGACUUCAGCGGCAUCGGCCACAUCUACGUGCUCAAAUCAGACAACUGGCAGACGGCAACACCAAAGGCCACCGUCGGCUGCCUCGACACCAAUGGCAAGUUCAUCUCAGACAAGAGCCCCUUCAACAAAUGCGGCGUUUUCUCCCGCCUCGAAGAUUUCCCCUACACGCUCAGCACAACCAAGGGAAACUGCACCUUUGAAGACGACAAGCAAGAAAAGAACACGGAUAGUUACUACGGAAAGAUGGAUUCGGCGUGGAGUUGCGGUGAGCGCGUCGCAGACAUUUACGAUCAACUAUACACAAUCGAUGGCUUCCCAUACGUCUUCCUCUGCUUCGGUGACGUAGCUUGCUUCUACGACGCCAAACACACGCCUAACCCGCAUGACGUACUCCCACUAUGGCAGUAUCGCUGGGGCUCCCAGCAAAUGGGUAUCACGCCCGGUCACGUGCAGUUGCAGUUACUGUGGAAGAAGAUUGGUGAGUUGCCGGGACGAUCCGAGGCAAGCGAGUUUCGGGGCCCGAGGGUUCGGGUUGAGGAGGGGGUGCAGAUGCCGUUGAUGGGGAAGAAGGCGAGGGUUUGA